AUUGUGUCCUCCCUCCACACAGACUUGACCAGCUGUGUGCUGCUGCUCSCUUUGUUCUGGCAAGUCUCCAUGGGAACCCCAGUGCGCACGCCGCGGAGUUUGGACACUGAGRAAUGCGGGCAGUGUGUUGACCUCUCCAGAGAGCUCGUCAAGAAUGUUAGAAAGCUCCUGGACAACGAAAACCUGUUUGGGGGUUUAAACUGCUCGGAGCAGCGUGUGGAGGUAAACAGUAAGACCCAGACAGUCCUAGCCUGCGAACCCAACACGGACAGGAACACAAGAUGCUCUGGUCAACGGAACACCACAUUCAGUGAGAGUGAGUGUCUGAGGAACAUCCGAGCAGACCUAGGACAUUAUGCUGCCUCACUACAGGCUUACAAACAGGCCGACCUCAGCUCUACUGUCCAGGACACCAAGAACCUACUCAAUAAUUGUCCAUCCACACACGGGGAUCCUUCCUCACAUGUUGCAGACCCUAAGCUGACUAGUGGUAACUCUGUGGACCAGAGGGUCCAUCUGUGUAAGUUACUGAAGGGCUUCCACCUCCGGGUCAUCACCAUCAGCAGAGCCAUGGGCUACAUCUCUGCUGGGGACCACAGGAAGUAAACCCUCAUCUUCAAAACCAUCCAAUUCCUCAUCAUCAUCAACUAGUGCUGAUAAUCUUCAUCAUCAUCAUCAUCACCAUCAACAAGUUAAUCAUCAGCAACACUGAUUGUCAUCUUCAUCAUCAGACAUCAUCAUCAACAACUACUUUGCCAGCAUAACUGUUGAAUACUUACUGCACUACACUGUGAAUGCCUAGAUGAGUAGGACAUGAGCUAUCUAAACCCUUUUGGCUCAGUUAGAGCUGAAUGACAGUAGGUUUAGAGCAAAACUAGUCAAUGAAGAUCAUGUUGGUCAAUCUAUUUAU